AUGCCCGCUUGGUGCCCCCUAGGGCGCUGGAGACUGUCGUGCUCAGCCUUCUACCUGCCAGAGCUGCCGGGAUGUCCGGGGAGUGGGGGAGCACUGCAAACCAGAUGCCCAGGUGAGUCAACUGAGACUCAGCGGGGUAAGCUGACACGCUGGGAUGGCGUGAGAGGGGAUGGGAACCCCGGGAUGGCUCCAGCUGCCCUGGGCCUUCUGCCACUCACAGGCUUCUCCACAGAGCAGGGCCUGGAGGCCGCAGGGCCAUCCCACCCUCAGAACAUGCGGGAGCGAGAUCCCACUUUACAGACGGGAAAACAGAGGCUCCGAGGGCUCUACCCCUUGCCUGAGGAAUUCGUCACAGUUCAUCGCCACGUCUUCUGCUGCCCAGGCCAAGCGGUUGCCUGGAAUUUGGGCCAGCCUCCUUUUUGCCCAGAUGUUGGACCAGGUCCUUUGAAUUCCCGGCAAAAGGGAGAGGUCCACAGACAUUUCAGAGCUCAAAUUAGGACAGUGGACUGUGGCUCCCUAACCUGCUUUGUGGCGAACCUGAGAAGUGACUCUGUGGUGCGGCCGGCUGGCGAGUGCCUUCAGCCUGGGCAGCAAGACCCUUUUUCAUGA